UCACCGCCUCCUUUUACGGGGCCCGACUCAAGCAGCAAGUCCUCCUCGCCGCUCUUCGGUUACUUGGAGGUUAAAGUAAUAAAAGUAGUUUGUGAUUUUCCGAGCAAACGUUUGCCUCUUGUUGUCGGGACAGCGGCCUGUGGAGCUCAGCAUGGGCACCGUCCAUGCCAGGAGUCUGGACCCUCUACCCAUGCAGGGGCCAGAGUUGGGAAUUCAAGCAGAUGACAUUGAAGCCAUAGAGAUCGAGCCGGAGCCCAAACAGGAAGUUCUUGAAAACAGAGAUGUUGUAGUUCAGCAAGUUCACAUAGAUGGACUCGGCAGAACUAAGGAGGAUUUUCUGACUUAUGAAAUUGCAGAAGUGUUCCGGGCAAAAAACUUGAUUGAUGUGAUGCAAAAGUCCCAUGAAGCUCGUAAGAGACUGCUGCGUCUUGGCAUCUUCAGAAAGGUUGAAGUUGUCAUCGACACCUCUCGAGGUGAAGACGCUCUUCCUAAUGGGCUUGACGUGACCUUUGAGGUCACAGAGCUGAAACGUUUGACAGCCAGCUACAACACUAUGGUUGGAAACAAUGAAGGAAGCAUGGUUCUUGUUAUGAAGUCACCCAAUGUUUUUGGUCGAGCAGAAAAACUGACAUUCCAGUUCUCUUAUGGUACCAAAGAGACCUCCUACAGUCUGUGCUUCUUUAAGCCUCAGCCAGGACACUUUGAACGCAAUGUGUCUGUCAAUAUGUACAAAGUAACAGGUCAGUUUCCAUGGAGCUCACUGAGAGAGACUGAUCGAGGUGUCUCUACAGAACUGAGUUUCCCCCUGUGGAAGACCAGCCAGACCCUGAAGUGGGAAGGAGUGUGGAGGGAGCUGGGCUGCCUGGGUAACACCGCUUCUUUUAACAUCCGUGAGGAGAGCGGCCAUUCCCUCAAGUCCUCCCUUUCGCACGCUAUGGUCAUUGACACCAGAAACUCUUCCAUUCUUCCCAGCAGUGGUGGAUUAUUGAAGAUCCAUCAGGAACUUGCUGGUUACACUGGGGGUGAUGCCAGUUUCCUGAAGGAGGACUUUGAGAUCCAACUUAACAAAAGUCUCUUCUGGGACUCUGUCCUGUCUGCCUCACUGUGGGGGGGCCUGCUUUUACCUAUUGAUGACAAACCCACUUCUAUAGCAGACAGGUUCUAUCUUGGUGGGCCCACUAGUAUCAGAGGAUUUAGUAUGUAUAGUAUGGGUCCACAAAGUCACGGAGAUUACCUGGGAGGUGAGGCAUACUGGGCUGGAGGCCUCCACCUCUACACACCUCUGCCCUUCAGACCAGGCAGGGGAGGCUUUGGUGACCUCUUCAGAACCCACUUCUUCCUUAAUGCUGGAAAUCUUUGCAACCUCAACUAUGGUGAAGGACCUCAGGCACAUUUGAAGAAACUGGCAGAAUGCAUCCGCUGGUCGUACGGACUGGGCAUUGUUCUACGGUUAGGAAACAUUGCCAGGCUGGAGCUGAAUUACUGCAUUCCCGUGGGAGUCCAGAGUGGAGACAGGAUACGUGAUGGUUUCCAGUUUGGAGCAGGAAUCCGAUUCUUGUGAAGCCACUUUUUUUUUAUUAUUUUAUUGAAAGAGGAAAUUUGUUUGUACAGAAUUGUUGUUAGAACAACUUCGUUCAAUAAAAGUGUCUAACCAGACUUUUUAUUGUAA